UGUACGGUUUGAGGCCCGUAUACUAAAUAUGGAAGAAGCAAGAGUGACGUCGCACUCAUCGCGUAGAGGAAAUGUAGCGAACGGGAGCACAUCAUCGUCUGUUGAUAUGACACAAUGGGACGAAAUUGGUGUCGACGGCCACUCGACAGUUUUUGAAACGGAAUGCGAGGCUGAAGGCGAGAAAGGGAAACAGCAGUUCAUCAUUCCAAGGAAGAAAUACGCCAGCUCAUCAGAGCUGUUGCAGGCUGUAGACGUUGCAAGUAGAGACGGGAAAGAAAUCCAGUCAAUUGUGUUGGAGUCAAUGAAAAAGCCGGAAUCUCAGGGCUCUGUCGACAUUCAGGAUAUGCACAUUGUCAAGAAUCAAUCGCUUUUGAAAGAGUUUUAUGCGAGGAGGAAUGAAAUGAGAGAUGAAGGUAGAACGACGAAAGAACUGGUUGAACGUUUUGGCUUUAUUCUAACUGCUUCGUACAAUGAGGCUACUUCUCUUUGCAAGUCAGGAUUGACUACCAGUACUCAAAAGAAGCAGAUUAUACUUGGAGAUCCUUCAUACGGCGUGUACCUCUGUAAACAUGCUGAUGUUGUAUCCCCAGAACCAUUCGAAGUGGGGAAAGAGUACGUCAUUGUAGUUUUCAAAUACGCUAAGGGUAGAGUAAAGAGUGUGAGCUCACAACUCCAUGGGAAUGCUCUAAUAGAGCCAACUCCAAAUUUUGAUUGCCACUCAUUGAAAAGUCCUUUGAUUGACGGCACAUUUUCUGAUGGUUAUCUGUACGAUUCUUGUCAGCUGUACUUGUAUGAAUUCGGGGAGCUGGACAUGCUGAAUCGACCACGACAGUGUGUUCCCUACGCCAUUGUCAAGCUUACUGUCCCGGAGGAAGUUACACAGCAACCGUGUGCAGACCAAAGUGAACUGCAAGAACUUAAAUCUCCCGGUGUUGAGAAUGUCAGUGGAUUUUUGGGGUGGCGAGGUCCAUUGUAUAACAAAAGCAAAUGUUUGGGAGAAGUGGGAGUGUACUACUUUUCUCACGACAAAUUACCGUUUACAUUUGAGAAAACGUUGAACAUAAAAGCAAAAGUGAGAUUGGAGAAGUUGGGCAAUGUUUUUCCUCAACCCGUAUUCUUGGCUGGACCACCGUAUAGAGCAAGACAAGGGGCUGUUGUUCGUGGAAGUAACUAUUACCACUACUGCCAAAUUCGAGCUGAGAAGGAUGCUAACAGCGGCGUUGAUAAACUCAUUCUCUUCUUGCUGGAGAACAAUUGGGUAUAUGCUGGUGUGGUGGAGGUUGGCGAAGGAACGAAGCUGUACAUAUUACCGACCUCUGAAUUUACUACAAAUUUAGGAAUUACUAGCUCCGAUGAGAAGUUAUGCCUUCAUGGAUUGUUCUGUUGGAAACCGGUCGUUUCUGUUGGACAACCGGUUGCUUGUGAUUCAGGCAGCGCGCCACUAAACGACGCCACCGGAUUGAAACCAGUGGCAGCUCUCGACGGUCGACAGCGACUACCUAUAGAGCACGAAGAGACGAGUGGCAUUUGCGUCGACAGUAACGUGACAAACAGCACGCUAACGACCGACAUUGGAGCGGCUGUCGGCGAUGCGGUUCGCUCAGAGAAAUCUCCACUGCCGAGCACGCACGAAGCAAGCCGUUUUCGAGGCAGCAGUUGUGUGCAAACGCUUGAGAGACGUCGGUCGUCUAGUAGCAGUACGAAGGACGAGGAUGGAGGAGCCGCUAAACAUGACAGGGGAGUGACAGAACGGGUAGAAAUGACUGUGCCGGCAUCGCAACCUGCAGCUAGUCAAAUGUCUUCGUCUUGUACGGAUGCCGUUGCAGGUGCGGUAACGAGCAAUGCCACUUUACUAACGGACUUUCCUUCCAACCGAGCUCUUCCAGAUGUCAUCUUUUCGCCCGACAUGUCAAGCAAUAGCGACUUUUCUCCGCCGCUGAAGUUGAGGCAGGAGACACGGUCAGAUGAUGGUGUUGCGCCAAGGGCCCUGAAAAGAGCAUCGCAGUCUUUGUCGAAUACGUUCGAGCUGUUGGACAAAGUUGUCGGCUUGACGAGACAAGAGAAAUGCCAAAUCGGUAACAAGGUGUAUCUGCAAGGAAAGAGACGCUCUAGUGAGGCUAAACAAAAAUCUGAUCUUUCCGCUUCUGGCCAAAGUAGUCUAAUAGAAGGUUUACCUUCACUUUCUACCACAAAAAAGCCUGAGCCCGAGCGAGCUGCCAAGAGGCCGCGAGGAAGACCACCGAAAGCGAAGAAAAUGGCAGGACGAGCUGGAAAAAGGGAAAAGGAUGUUUUAGCCAGCUCAACGGUCGAUGACGGUGACGGAAUAUUGACUAGAAAUAAAAAGACAAAAUCGGGAAGUCGCAACAAGUCGCUAUCGGUCGCAUCCUCGAAAUCGCAGUCUGUCGAGUGUAUACUGGUGUCUUCAUCUUCUCAAGAAUCGCUUGCAGACGACAAAACGUACUUGCGAAAGAGGAACAGUGGUGAGAUGAAGUUAUCAAAUGAUCCAAGUUGUACCCACGGUCUCAAACGAAGCCAAUCCAGCGACUCCAGACGCGACGACAACAAAACAGAGCAAUCAAUGGAGCCGUCAUCUCUUGCUGAUUCUAAACGUAAAGUUUGUACAACUGCCUUGAUAACUGAUGAUGGUGAUGGAAAUGGCAGAUCAGAGACAGACAAUGGACUUCUCCAACUGAGCGGAGACGGUGAUAAAGACGAGGAAAAGACAACAAAUGACGCCCCCGACACCAAAUUUCUUAUGUUCCCAGUGAAGAAGGUAUUAUCGAAGUCUCUGCAUCGUGACUCGUCAUCAGCCAGCCAGCAGAGAACAGAAAAAUGCGAGGAAAACGCAACGACCGCAACGUCGGUCGAUACCGAAAUAACACAAUGUGCUGAUAAGAGAACUGGUAAAAAUAGUGACGAUCAUACUCAUCAUACUUAUCCUACUCUUCGUAGUCGUCUUAGACUCGAAGGAUCACACGUGGGAGGAAUGAAAGGUCUCUUGGCGUGUAACCGCGAAAGCGACGAACACAAGAAUGGUGAACAAAGCAAACUUGCAGAAACAAGGAUGCGAUUGUGGUUGGAGAGAAAAGACGAUUGUUUAUAUGAUCAUAAUGAUAGUAAUAUUAAAGGCGGAGAUUUAAGCCAAGGAACGCCGACGCGACGUCAAUUGAGACAUACACGGACUGACGACAGUGACGAACGUAGACGAAGUGUGAAACGCAGCAGUAGACAUUGGAAUGGCGAUCGAGUGGAUGGCGACGUUGACGUUAAGACGUGCAAACUACCCGAGCAGUCCUCGCCGAAGCGAAAACGACUCGCAGCGGCGUCGAGACCGUCACCGACCUAUGCGACUUCUCAUUUCGUUGAAACGACGGUGACGACGAAAACCUACGGUGACGACUCAAGGCAGGACAAGCACCGCGUCAACGAUUCCGGAUCGAGAACAGAUGAAAGGAGAAAUACGAACGGAGAGAAGAAGACGGUGGAGGGAAGUGAAGAGUCUGCAGUAACUGUUGUGGGUGUACCCAUUUUGCCUCUAUUGUCGUUGAACGGGCUCGGAGAAGGUAGAGAGGGUGUCAGCGGUGAGGACAAGGAAUUGGUGCAGCAAGAUAAGAAUAAAACGGACGAGGACAGCAGGAAUUGCAGGGAGGAGGUGAGAACGAAAUCGCCGAUCUUGUCGGAUAUUUCGGGAGCGUCCCAAUGUCCCAAGAAUGACGUGAAAGAAAAGGAAAACGAGACACCAUGUGUUGUUGAGCAAGCAUCUCUGUCUCUUUCUAGACCUUUUCUGCUGUCUGUUACAUGCGAUACUCGACAGUCGACUGCUAGAGACGAAGAUCGACCGGCGACGAGAGAUUUCUCUACCCAGACGGAACGGUCUCACGUUGAGUGUACGUACAAGGAAAUGUCGACGCAGACGGACAAUGACGGAGCUUGGCGCGAGGCGUUCGUACCGUCGCCAAAUCGUUGGUUACAGUUCAGUAGCAGGAUUCCGUUGUCGAUCACGAGCGAUGAAGUAAACGGCGUCGCAGUCGGCACGUUCUCUCGAUUGAACGCGAUCGUUGGCAAGUUCGAACAAACGAUGAUAGAUGGGAUGGGAGAUAGAAUGUCGGCGGGUACGCGUGGACUCGAGCAUCAGAUAAGAGAGUAUCUUUCGACGGCGAGGAAAGAAGCGGACGGCACGAGAAGGAACGAUCGACAUCAUACGGAUGCGACGGUCGAGGACAUCUCGCCGCCUGCGACGAGUCCUAUUCACGACGGUGCGUUUGCCAGCGCGGGCGUCGUUUCUUUCCCUAGGGCCAUCGAUCGGUUUCUGUCUUUUCAAGGAAACAAGCAGAUAGCAGACGCCGAUCACCGACCGGAACAAAGACUACGUGAAAGAAGGAAACGGAAGAAACGUUGGGAUGUAAUGUCGAUCGAGAGGGAAAAGUUAUCGGACCAAGAUCGGUCGGACGAAUUACGUGGUAUGGCCGGCGGCUCAUAUGACGUCAAUGAGCAUCUGCCUUUCUCGUCUGCUGGAUCGUCUACUUACCCUUACCCUAAACCUUACAGUCGUUCGAACCAAUCGGCGUAUGACGGCGAUUCUACUCCUCCUUUAGAAGAAUAUAGUGAUUAUGAUGACCAUGACGAGCAAUGUCGAGAUAUGUCCGUAUUCCGGCCCGUUGUCGGUCGCUUAGGACAAUUUACUCGGACCAAGUCAGGAUAUUUGAUCGGUUGAGCUGCCGUCGUUGACGAAUGUGGGAUGAUUAGAGAGAUGCAUCCAUGUGCUUUUGCUGGAUCUUUAAAGUUCUUAUCUAUAGGUGGGUGCCGCAUUUGUAUUUAGCGGCUGACUUGAAAUGCAUUUAUUUGGUAACGAAUUCAUUAUUGGAGACAUUUUGUCAGUUUUUAUCUUUAGUGUGUACAUGUACAGUGCAUGUGCAAUAUCAUGCAUACGUAUAGUAGUCUCGCGAACCAGACUAGACGUAUAGAGAUGUUGAACUUGCAACGAUCGGAUGCAACUAGAUAUGAAGACUGCACGUGAUAUGUCACCUGCUUUUUCAGCUCUGAGUCAUAGUUACGAAACGGGACUCUAAGACUCUAAACGUCUAGCACUGAACUGGCUUCCGAUCUGCGAACUGUAUGUACAUCUAAUAAUCUCGCCCAGCCAUCUCUCCCCUUUUU